AUGGAUUCGGAGACGUUGUCAGACGUGUCGGACUUGAGCUCCGUGCCUUCUUCACGUGAAGCCUCCCCGUCGUUAGAGUCGGCGGUUCGGUACCCAACGCCUUCUUCUCAGGAUGAGGAUUCUACGCGCCAAGACUUCUCGCUCUGCCCGCUCGCGGCGCAAAAGAGGAGACGUAAUCCGCUACCAAAGGAGCGCACCACCCAAUAUCUCGACCUAGCCAAAUCAUCCUACACACAGAAGGCGGAGACCGAACUACUGGUCAAAACUAUACGUCAUCAAAAGGACAUUGUCGUGAUCGCCGGCGCCGGCAUCUCUACCUCGGCGGGUAUUCCCGACUUUCGCUCCGCGGAUGGUCUCUUCAAGUCCCUGCCCAAAAAGUACAACUUGAAGGCCUCGGGUAAGCUACUUUUCGAUGCUGCCGUCUAUCAAGAUGAGAACCUCAUGGCACCUUUCCACGAACUGGUCCGAUCACUCCACUCUGAGUCUGCAAAGACCCAACCCACCAAAUUUCACAAUAUGCUCGCGCGCCUAGGAAAGGAGAAUCGCCUUAAGAGACUCUACACCCAGAACAUCGAUGGGAUCGAAACUUCCAUGAAACCCCUGGAGACCGAAAUCCCUCUUAGCAAUGUCAAAGGCCAGUGGCCAGUCACGAUCCAACUCCACGGCAGUAUCCAGAAGAUGAUCUGCCAGAAGUGUCGCACCAAGUUCCUAGCCGACCCGCCUGAGUGCCAACAAUGCUCAGAGGUGGAUGAGACUCGCCAAACCAUCGGUCAGCGCAGCCACGGCGUCGGGCGCAUGCGGCCCCGGAUUGUCCUUUACAACGAAUACAACCCCGACGAAGAAGCCAUCACAUCCGUGAUGAACGCAGAUGUCAAAUCUCGCCCCCGCGUACUCAUCGUUGCCGGGACCAGCUUGAAAAUCCCAGGAGUCCGUCGUCUGGUUAAAACCUUGUGCCCCAUCAUCCGUGGUCGCAAGGAUGGCGUCACCAUGUUCAUUAACAAUGAGCCCCCAGUUGGCAAGGAAUUCGAGGAUUGUUUCGAUUUAAUCGUUCAAGGUUCCACCGACCAAGUCGCUGAUUUAGUACAAUUAAAAGACUGGGAGGACUCUGCGCCUUAUACCGCGCCACUACCUGAGCCCGAGUUUGGUCCGCGACCGGAGAACGAGACUUCUGACUUGGAGCAAGGCAAAUCCGGUGAGAAUGUUGCUGUCGUCAUACACACUCCCAAGAAGCGGCCUCGCAGUGAUACUGGCCUCUUGACGCCCUCGAGCCGCGACGGUUCAUCAAUGGAACCACCGUCCAAGACGACAAAGAUCGCGAAUCCAGCCAGCCGUGGUCGUCAACUCGCCGACGUCCUAGGCAAUAAGAAACCCAAGGCUGCGUCCGUCAAGGGCCGCAAGAAGGCACCUGCAGCUACGAUCAAGAAGCCUAAGGGUAAGGCUGCACCGACGACGGCACCGGCGGCGAAGAUCACAAACUUCACCAAAGUUACCAAAGCCAGCAAGGCUCCCGUCUCGUCUGGCAAGAAGGCAGCCCCCAGCAAGACAAUGCACCUGGUUACAGCUACUCGGAAGAAUGUCAUGUUCCCUGGCCUCGUGAAGAAGGCUGGAGUCUCCGAAAUGGAUUCGAUUGAUCCCGCGUCGCUCCCUGAUUCUUUGCCCCUGGUUGCACCUUCGUCCUAA